AUGUCGACCCGCUCUUCUGAAGGGUGUUGGACCUGCAAGCGUCGCCGUAGAGGCUGCGAUAAGACCCACCCGACAUGUCAGAACUGUGCACGACGGGGGAUUGAGUGUGAAGGUUAUGAAAUUAGAUUGCGCUGGGGUAGCGGAAUCGCCUCUCGGGGCCAGUUCACGGGCGCAGAUAAGCCUUUGAAAGAGAGUGUCCCGUCGAGGCCCAAGGGUCGCCAAAGAGACCUGAACAGGGAAAGAAAGAAAUUAAAAGCGUCGUCACCUAAUGAUGCGGGACAAUUGACCAGUCCUGAGAAUUCACAGCCCAGUGUCGAUGAGUACCCAGAAGAUGAAUACGCCAUGGUUCCUAAUACCGGGGGGCCUGUUACUCUUCCACCAGAACGGUCUAAGCAGGACGAGGCCUUGUUUAAUGAAUUUAUGAACGGAGGGAUCAACGUACUCCAUUCCACUACUGCCCGAGAUGGGAUGCUGCAACCUCGACUACCCGAACUAUGUCAAGAGUCCAGUGCUUUGUACACAAUCUGUUUAGCCUUCCAACUUUCUCUGUCCUCCACCCAAUCACCUCAAUUCUUCGAAUAUUUUGAUACAGCAUUACGAGAAUUCCGAUCUGAACUGGCCCGAAGUACAAUUCUAUCCGAUGGGACAUUGACAGCUGGGCUACUUUUGUGUAGCAUUGGCCUGAUACAUGGUCUGCCCUGGAGCAUCCACCUAGAAGGCAUGCACAAUAUUCUACAAAGCCACGGCUUGGCCGAUAAGCAUCGCGCAGCUUCCCAGACUCCAUUCCGUAUCCAUUUGGUCGAGGUCAUGGGGGUAAUGGACCUGCCAUUCUUCUCGAUUGGUCGUCAGACCCCCGGCAUUGGAAUAUGGCGCCGCUACUGUCAGCCUGCUUCGCCUAGAGAGGGGAUCGAGCCUGUGACUGGCUUGCCACGAGCCUUGGUAGACCUGUUCGCCGGCAUCGGAAGCAAUACCACAGAACAGAGUUUCUGGGACUGGCCGGGUGAGCUCGGGAGCUUUUUACAGUGCUAUUUAUGGGAAGCCUAUCGCUUAGCUGGGAUCUUGACCCUUCGUCGCCACGCACGGCUGGAGGAACACCGGUCGCGAGAACCCCGGAAUUUCUCCGCUUGGCGCCAGCCCAGUGCUUGUCCGGCUAAUGCGAACAUUCUCGUAACUAGAAUUUUGGCGAAUAUUGAUGCCCUUCGUCUUGCGUGUGGAGAACGUCCGAUCGAGGAUACUUUUAUCCAUAAUGCAAUUUUAUUUCCUAUUGUUGUUGCUGGCUUGGAAGUUUCCGUUCUGUGUGAGAACCCGGAAUGGCAGAUUAAUAUUCAGAAAUGUAUGCGCGGCUCACGGCAACAUGAUCUUUUGUUGGAGUUACUACAUGAAAUGUGGCAGAAGAAUGAUCCAAUUCUUAGCGUUGAUGAUAUUGCGAGGGUGAAGGGAAUAGAAAUGGGAUUGUUAUGA